AUGCGUGGUAGCGGUGUCACGGCUGCGCGGUCCUGCCUUCAACCCCUGGUGUCCGCCAGCCGCUACCUCGCUGUUCAAGCCCUUCCCGGUGAUCCUCUUUACUUCGUCGUUGAGGCGAAGUCGAGAGUAAAGGAAGUGUACGCGCAGACAUGCAUGCUUCUCGGCCAGCAGGGCAUGCGGGACUGCGAACUGUUCGGCCUGGCAAUACUUUCCGACGGCGAAUACCUGUUCGUCGAUCCGGAGAAUAAGUUAAGCAAGUACGCACCGAAGAACUGGCGAAGUUCUCACACAUACGGCUUAGACAGCAGCGGACGUCCAGCGUUCGUCCUCUACUUUCGCGUUCGUUACUACGUGGACACGCCGUUGCUCUUAAGCGAUGAGACGACGUCUCUGCUCACGCUCGCGGGUCUCGCCCUACAAGCCGAUCUCGGAGACUAUUCCGAGGAACGGCACAGGCCACACGCAGGAUCUGUGGGAUACUGCAAGCCCACGGAUUACCUACCGCCUCACAUGUGCCUCGAGUCGAAUGUGCUCGCCGUGCUCGCAGCUCAGCACAGGGACAACCGGGGCCUGUCCAGGGAGGAGGCAGAACUGCAAUACAUCCGAGAGGCGGUGCUGCUGGAGGCGCCGCUCAACGCUCACCUCUAUCGACUUCGAAGAAGCAAGAACGAGGCCGGCCCGGGACGCAUACUCCUCGCGAUAUGUGCUCGCGGAGUGCGAGUAUACGCCGAGGAGGAGACGCCGCGCGUCUUCGCCUGGAACAACAUUGGCAAGCUUUGCUUCGACCGCAAGAAGUUCGAGAUACGGGCCGUCGAUCAGCCGGACAAGCUCACACUAUACAGCGGAUGCGAUGACAAAAGCAAGCUACUCCUGGGGCUGUGCCGGGACACUCACCAGUUCUCCAUGGCCAUAGCGCCCAGAGUGAACGAAGCGAAGAGGCGCGAGGAAGAAGAAAGGAAGGUACUCCGGGACUGCUACAUGUAUCCAGCCCGUUGCAAGCUAAGCUUGACGGGUCGCGGAGCACGGGGUGACCAACGAAUUUCCGUUAUCUCGAGCACGUCGUCGAACACAACUUCCGGAAUUGUCAGCGACCGGGUGCACAGCGAGGACGAACCGGACACGGCGCCCGCCUCGACAGAGUGUUUGCCCCGUCUUACCGAGACUACAUCGCACUCGAACAUUCCGUGCGGCGUUGUGAACGGGACGAACGCGGACGUCGAAGAUCGUUCCUUGCCGUCGUCGCCGGUCACCACGGUGGAUGAAGUCGACGGCGCAGAUAGCACGCCCGCGACGGCCGCAUUAAGAUUGGCGUCGAGCGCGGCGACGGCCGCCGAGGGGUCACAAUGUAGCAGCAGCUGCAGCACGGUCGUGGUCGUGAACACACCUGCUGGUGGACCGCCGAGGAUCCGUCGAACUUCGGCGACGUCCAGUCUAGAGCUAGGCUAUUCCCAUACGGCACAGAAUUCUGCGGUUUCCUCGGAAACCGCCAGCUUUCCUGGCGCCAUUUACGACAGGUGCAAGAAAGGUGGCAAAUACGCAGGCACGGACAUAGCAAGCGAAACCAGCGGGGUGUACACCCUGAGAAGCAGCGAAAUGCAAGACGAAAGAAUAGGCGACCUAUAUUCCCCGACAGGGGACGCGAACGAGUCUUCCGCGGCGAGUGACGUGUGCGCUUUGAGCUCCGUCCAAUCAACGACCGACGAGGCUUCGGUAACAUCCGGCUUCUAUACUAUACACAGUGGUCUUAGAUCCGAGACGAGCGAUGUAUACACAGAAGACGCUAGCGCCGAGGACCAGGAACCAAUUUAUAGUGUGUGUAAGGGUGACGAGGAUGUCUCUAACGUGGUCGCCACAAUGACGGCGGUCACCCUGGAUCAACAACUCGAGGAUUCCAGAUCACGUAGUAAUAGUAUACUGAGCGCGGGAAGCUUCAGAGGGGAUGGUAGCGAUCCUUCCAGCGUGGGACCCUUGUUAUCGGCCGACGAGCUAUCAGAUCUAAUCGUCGGGCGUUAUCCACCUCGGAAGACUAUCAGCAAUUCCAUGGAUUCUGAUUGCGACUACGUUACCAUGCCACCACCGCCACCGCCACCUAGGACAGAUAGCGACAGACAGCUUCCCCCGCCUCCUCCCUAUCCAGUGAGCAUGGACUACGCGACGAUAAACUCGUCGAGAUCCAAGAUACCGGAUAUCGAAAGAGAACCACCGCCACCGCCACCGUACAACGCGACCCGAGGGGAAUUUGUUCCCCUGCCACCGAGAAGGACCGAUCCGCCUCCACCUCCACCCUACACAUCGCCCAGAGAAAGAAUUCAAAUACCACCACCGACACCGCCUAGAAACGACGCUGUGACGCCCAGAGAACCACCGCCUCCGCCGCCGUAUCCGGAAGUUUCAGAGGUCACUCGGCAAGAAGCGAUUUCCACUCUCUAUCCAGCCGCCACCGAGGAGAUCGUCUCGAGGGUGACGUCGACGAAGAUCCAGACCAGCCUGGCGAACAGCAAGACGAACGUCAGUAUGACGUCGUCGAAGACCACCACCGGCCAACCGACCAAUGACGUUCCAUCGAUUGCCCCGAAACCACCGCCGAGAAUUCAACCGCCCACCUAUCCCGGUGACAAAAUGAAACCCACGCCGGUCCAUGCUCCAGUCGCCGCUCUCGUUGUCGGGCCGAACAAUUACCUGGACGUGCACGCAUCACGAGGUGGUCCGGUUUUGUUGCCUUACUUAACACCACCGCCUCCCCCGCCACCCCCUCCGCCACCCAUGGUACAUCCCAGACAACCCCCGCCGCCGCCGCCUAGCCUGGCCACCGUUUACACCAGCCAAGUGGCCAGGUCACAGAUCGAACAGUACAAGCAGCAGCUCUAUUCCGAUGUCGAUUACGUUAUGUUCCCGCUGAAAGAUCCCGCAGUCUCCAAGCAAGAGUACAUCGACGCGAAGCAAGGCUCGCUUCUUGCCGCGAUGGCUGCCUAUCCCCCUCCGCCUUAUCCCUCGUUUAACAACAAAUCGCUGGUAAUGUACCGUAGCACGCCUUACCUACCCGGUUCAUCAUUCUCCUCGCCGUCGAAAUACGCUUCGAACCAGAACCUUAGUAGCAGCGACACGAGUUCUAACAAUUACUUACCGCAUAGUAACCUGAGCAGCCACUACGCUGCCAGCACGAGCUCGCUAUAUAGUGGGGCUACUUGUUCGUCGGCAGGAAGUCAGAGUCUUAGACGGGAACCGCCAGCCCCGGCGCAUCCGCACACUCUGCACACGUUCUCCAGGACCAGAAGCGACGAGAACAUUUUAAAGUGUUUCGACACGCCUUCCAGCAUGAAGCUGCAGUCCCUGCCGCAGCUCAAGCAUCGCAGGCUACCACCACCACCCCCGCCGCCACCUUAUGAAAUACAGAAUCUCGAGAAGAAUCAGCCGCUCCCGUCGGCCUCUUCCUCAUCCACCUCGCCCAAGAAGACGUCGAAGACAAGCAGCACCACGGAGGAACACGAAGAGGGAAAAGAGGACGGAAUGCUGGACAUACGAACGCUACGGGAGAAAAGCCGUAAUUUGGAUCUGCCGUUGAUAUCGGCGUUGUGCAACGAUCGGUAUCUGCUGAAGCAGACGAAAGCGUUCGUGAUGCCGAAGCAUCCGACCGAGGCGACAUCGUCGACGUCCGCGAAGAACGGUACGAGAAGCAGCAACGGCGGCACGUCGAACAGAAAUAAGUAUCCAGUGAGCGGCCUGUCGACAACCCAGAUCACGAAACCACCGAGAAAAUCGUCGACGAGCACGCACAGACACCCGGCCGAGGUGAAGGGCAACGCUUACAAGGUCACUAAUCCCGCAGGCGUAUCCGCUGCGAAAAAGGAGCCGACUAGGGCGUCGCAUUCCUAACAUACAGUCCCGGGAUAUGACCCUCUGACAUUCUGGAGUUCCAUGCCUUCGACGAAAGUACAUUCCAAUAACUCCCUCAACGAUUCCAAGACAGUUUCACUUUUCGCACGGUAGACAACGGCAAAAGAAAAGAUUCCGAUAACACAAUCGGGACAAGAAAAGAAUCGACUCGAAGUACCU